UUUGGUCUACCAUGAAUUUAUUGUCUACAGUUCCAAAACUACUGUUAAUAGCUGUCAAUUGAGGUCGGUUUCAAUCCAAAAGAAAUUUAUUAGAGACGGCCAAACUAUGGAGUACAGUCCAAAUUUAGUACUCUAGAGCUCGGAGCCGAAGAAAACUCCACUCGCCAUGGCAAGCGCAAGCCCGAGCCCGACUGUGGUGCUCAUCCCGAUCUGCGUCCCCGGCCACCUGCCGUCCAUGCUCGGAGCCGGCAAGCGGCUGGUCGGCAGCAGCAACCGCCCCAUGUCGCUCACCGUGCUUGUGAUGCAGAUGACCAUGGCCGCCAAUCUGAUGUCCGAAGUCGCUGAUCUCAUCCACCGGGAAGCAGAUUUCGGCUUCGACAUCCGCUUCCUCCACCUUCCCGCCGUCGAGCUCCCCACCGACUCGCACGGCAUCGAGGACUUCAUGAUGCGCUUCGUACAGCUCCACGCGCCACACGUCAAGGCCGCCGUCUCCCGCUUGGCGUCCCCGGUCGCCGCGGUCGUGAUGGACUACUUCUGCACCACCCUGUUCGAUGUCACGCGCGAGCUCGCGCUGCCGGUCUACGUGUACUUCACUUCCGGCGCGUCCAUGCUUGCCCUCGUGCUGCGGUUGCCGGCGCUAGAUGAGGAGGUGGCGGUGGAUUUUGAGGAAAUGGAAAGAGCGGUUGAAGUGCCUGGGUUGCCUCCGGUGCCGGCAGGUCUCAUGCCGACGCCACUGAUGAAAAAGGAUCCGAACUACGCGUCGUUCGUGUACCACGGCAACCGCUUCAUGGAGGCCGCCGGCAUCAUCGUCAACACGGUGGCCGAGCUCGAGCCGGCUGUUCUCGCGGCUAUCGCCGAGAAUCGCUGCGUGCCCGGACGCCGCGCUCCAAACGUCUACCCAGUCGGCCCCGUGGUGUCGUUCAAGCCGCCGAGCGAGAAGCCACACGAGUGCGUCAGGUGGCUCGACGCACGACCGACGGCGUCGGUUGUGCUGCUCUGUUUCGGUAGCAUGGGCGGUAGCUUCGCCGCGCCGCAGGUGCAGGAGAUCGCUGACGGCCUCGAGCGCAGCGGGCAUCGCUUCCUGUGGGUGCUCCGAGGCCCGCAGCAGGCCGGCUCGCCGUACCCGACCGACGCCAACGCCAACGAGCUGCUCCCGGAAGGGUUCCUGGAGAGGACAAAGGACAGGGGCUUGGUGUGGCCGAGGUGGGCGCCACAGAAGGAUAUCCUCGCCCACGCCGCCGUCGGUGGCUUCGUGACGCACUGCGGGUGGAACUCGACCCUCGAGAGCUUGUGGCACGGCGUGCCGCUGGCGCCGUGGCCGCUUUUCGCGGAGCAGCACCUGAACGCGUUCGAGCUCGUGUCCGUGAUGGGCGUCGCCGUGGCCAUGGAUGUGGACAGGAAGCGGGACAACUUCGUGAAGGCCGCGGAGCUGGAGCGCGCGGUGCGGAGCCUGAUGGGCGCGUCGGAGGAGGGGAGGAAGGCGAGGCAGAAGGCCGCGGAGGCGCAGGCCGUGUGCCGGAACGCCGUGGAGGAGGGCGGGUCGUCGUACGCGUCGCUGCAGAAACUGGCGCGAGAGGUGUCGCAGCAUGCAGGGAUGUGACGCUACAUAGCUAAGCGCGUCGAGGCUGUUUGUUCCCCAAUCCGCACAGCUUGGACAGUUUGUUUGCGCGGAUAAUGUACUCCUGAAUAAUCUUGAUGUUUUUUUUUUUUUGCGAAUCGAAUAAUCUUGAUGGUGUGUUUGCUAUGAGAA